UUCUCUCUGUGUUCUCUGUGUUCUCUCUGUGUUCUUUGUGUUCUCUGUGGUUCUCUCUGUGGUUCUCUCUGUGGUUCUCUGGCUGAUUUCCGUCUGUACUCGUCUAUUUUUACCCCGUCCUCCUUUCAGCUGUUCCAGCUCCAGUCAGCCGUCGUCCUCUGACCAGCUCAGGAACAUUUCAACCACCUGAGCAGGUUCAGGAACCCAGAGAUCUUCAGAACCAGGAGGAGGAACAUCUGAUGAAGAACCACAGGAGAACCGUUCCAGCCAUCAUCUAGAUUAAAAAAAAUGAAGGAGAAACUUCUUUCCUCUCCUUCCAUGACGACCGGAGAAGAACCGCAGCCAACCGGGGACAUGAAGGUUCCUGGUUCCGUCACCACGCUGAGCACCAUCGCUGUCCAGGCCGGAUGCUCACUGAUUGUCGUCUCCGUCCUCAAGAGUGGGUCUCUGGUCCACCUCCAGCUGGUUCAGGUCCAACCAGGGCUCUGUGAAAUCGGGUUGAACCAAGAGGAGAACCAGACGAUGGUCCAGGAGCUGCAGCAGCUGUUAGACAAACUGAAGAAACAUGAGCUGGAGGUUCUGACUGCAGUGGACCGGCAGCAGAGGAUGGAUGGAAGGACGACGGAGGACAGACAGGAAGUGAUGAACGCCAUGACAGCAUCUCUGAGAGAAGGAUGGUCGCUGCUCAUCAACCUUCUACACAGGAAGCAGGAAGUUCUAAAGACGGCGGCAGAGUUUCACCGCCGAGCGCUGGAGGUAGAGGAUGAUUGAUGAAGGUUCAGGUGGAGGUAUUCAUGAGAUGUUAGAGGUGGAGGUGUGAUGGGAUGUUAGAGGUGGAGGUGUUGAUGAGAUGUUGGAGGUGUUGAUGAGAUGAUAGAGGUGGAGGUGUUGAUGAGAUGCUAGAGAUGGAGGUGUUGAUGAGAUGUUGGAGGUGUUGAUGAGAUGCUAGAGAUGGAGGUGUUGAUGAGAUGUUGGAGGUGUUGAUGAGAUGCGAGAGAUGGAGGUGUUGAUGAGAUGUUGGAGGUAUUGAUGAGAUGUUAGAGGUGGAGGUGUUGAUGAGAUGUUAGAGGUGGAGGUAUUGAUGAGAUGUUAGAGGUGGAGGUAUUGAUGAGAUGUUAGAGGUGGAAGUGUUUAUGAGAUGUUAGAGGUGGAGGUAUUGAUGAGAUGUUAGAGGUGGAGGUAUUGAUGAGAUGUUAGAGGUGGAGGUAUUCAUGAGAUGUUAGAGGUGGAGGUGUUGAUGAGAUGUUAGAGGUGGAGGUAUUGAUGAGAUGUUGGAGGUGGAGGUAUUGAUGAGAUGUUAGAGGUGGAGGUGUUGAUGAGAUGUUGGAGGUGGAAGUGUUUAUGAGAUGUUAGAGGUGGAGGUAUUGAUGAGAUGUUAGAGGUGGAGGUAUUGAUGAGAUGUUAGAGGUGGAGGUAUUCAUGAGAUGUUAGAGGUGGCGGUGUUGAUGAGAUGUUAGAGGUGGAGGUGUUGAUGAGAUGUUAGAGGUGGAGGUGUUGAUGAGAUGUUAGAGUUGGAGGUGUUGAUGAGAUGUUAGAGAUGGAGGUGCUGAUGAGAUGUUAGAGUUGGAGGUAUUCAUCAGAUGUUAGAGGUGGAGUAGUUGAUGAGAUGUUAGAGGUGGAGGUGUUGAUGAGAUGUUAGUUGUGGAGGUGUUGAUGAGAUGUUAGAGGUGGAGGUGCUGAUGAGAUGUUAGAGGUGGAGGUGCUGAUGAGAUGUUAGAGGUGGAGGUGCUGAUGAGAUGUUAGAGGUGGAGGUAUUCAUGAGAUGUUAGAGGUGGAGGUGUUGAUGAGAUGUUAGAGGUGGAGGUGUUGAUGAGAUGUUAGAGGUGGAGGUGUUGAUGAGAUGUUAGAGGUGGAGGUAUUCAUGAGAUGUUAGAGGUGGAGGUGUUGAUGAGAUGUUAGAGGUGGAGGUGCUGAUGAGAUGUUAGAGGGGAAGGUGUUGAUGAGAUGUGGCCUAGAUGGAGUCAGGCUGAUUCCUGGACAGCUUCUAGUUUAGUUUUACACAAGUUAAGCUGCAACAGGAUGAGUCUCAGUCAGCCGUUACCAUUUGUAAACUGUUUUAAACUUUAAAAUUCCUUUCAUUUGACAUCACAGUUAGAGUCGCCCCCUUCAGACAGAAACAGAAACUACACCAAAGCUGCUCAUCUCUCAUGGUUUUCUUUCCUCUGAGCUUUCUUUCUGCAGCUUCAGAGACUCUUCCUCAGGUUUUCCUCCAUUUCCUGCUUCAGCCCUGUGAACUCAUUAUUCUGGCAGAUUUACCUCCAGCUCAUGCUUCCAUUUCUUCUCCAGCUUUUAUUCUGAAGGUCACAAACAGGAUGUUCAUUCAGCUACUGAGAUUAAAUCAGAAUCUGUCUGUCUGUCUGUCUGUCUGUAGUUGUCCUUCAGUAUCAGCAGGUUGGAGAAUCUCCAGUUGAGUCCAGCUGACACGUCAACUGAAGUUCAGCUCAGAUUCGACUCCAUGAGACGAGAGGUUCUGGGGAAAUCUCUGCAGGUUCUGACCAGCAGCAGCGUUCUACAGCAGAACCUGCAGCAGCUGCAGAGGACGGAGGCCCUCCAGAGGACAGGAGAAGUUCUGCAGUACGAGGAGGACGAGGAGAACUCCCAGAGCUCCCAGUACAGUAGCGGGGCGAUGCUGAGGCUGGACCAGCUGGUGGAGACGCUGCAGGACCGGAGGCAGAGAGCAGAACAGGCCGUCCGACUGCAUCUGCAACAAAACCAGAACCCAGCAGAGUCCAGAAGAACCGGUUCUGAACAGCUGAGUACACCUGAGAACCUGGACCAGAACCUCCUGUCUGGAUCCAGAUCAGAAGCAACCACGGACCUGCAGCCAGAGACUGGAUCAGUCCAGAAACCAGGAUCCGGAUCAGAAGAAACCAGAAACUUUAUGGCUGAACCAAGUGCAGACCUGAUACCGAUGUUCAGAUCAGACACUUCAGAUCCAGACCUGCAGCCUGGACCAAGAGUGGAGCUAAAACCUGUAUCUAGACCAGCUGAUCCCCAAAACUUGUGGUCCAGAUUAAGAUUAAACCUGAAAGCAGAAUCCACAUUACACAUGAAGUCCGAAUCUAAAUCAGAGGACAUGGAAGAUCUGAAACCUGGAUCUGAAUCAGAGGAGACUGCAGAAAUCCAACUAGAAUCAGGAUCAGAAGGAUCCAGACUAGAGUUAAAACCUGGAUCUAGACCUGAUGAGAUUCAAAACCGAUGUCCCAGAUUAAGACUAAACAUGAAGUCUGGAUCCAGAUCAGAACAGCCAGUAGACCUUCAGACAAGAUCUGGAUCAGACCUGAUGCCUGAAUCUAGAUCAGAAAAGACCAAAAACCAGGAAUGUAGAUCCAGAUCAUGGAGAACCAAAGACCUCCAACCCAGAUCCAGCUCAGACCUGCUGGCAGAGGUGAGGUCAGAGGACACAAACGUAAAGCCAGGAUCCAGAUUAAACCUGAGGUCUAACUCUGCACUAGAGGAGACUAGAGACCUGCAGCCUGGAUCCAGACCAGAAGAUACCAGAGACCUGCAGCCUGGAUCCAGACCAGAAGAUACCAGAGACCUGCAGCCUGGAUCCAGACCAGUGACCAAAGAUGUCAGACUACAUCCUGCAUUAGAGGUUCAGCUCAGAUCUGGAUCAGAGGAGAACAAAGACUUUCAGUCUGGAUCCAGAUUAAUUCUAAAACCCAGUUCAGAUGUGCAGUCCGGAUCUGGAUCGGAUCUGGAGCCUGAAUCUAUAUCAGUGGAGACCAGAAACCUAAAACCUGGAUCUGGAUCAGAGGAUGUUAAACCUGGAUCCAAUGACUUCAAGGUUUGUUCCACAUCAGUCGUGAAGCCCAGAUCCAGCUCAGAUGUUCAUCCAGGACCCAAAUCUGACAUGAAGUCUGGAUUGAGAUGGGAGAACAGAGACCUGCAGUUAGGAUCAGAGGAUGGAGAGCUCAGAGAGGAGACGGACCAGAACCGACCCGCUACUGGCGACACCAGUGGGCAGACGGCAGAGCCGCAGAUCACGCUGGGAAAGGACACCUCAAGUGGAGCAGACUCCGCCCACCACAUCCUCCUGACCAAUCAGAGGCUGCUGUCUACAUUUGAACAUCUGGUAGAAGAGGUCAGAAGGUUGAUGUCCAGCAGCUGUGGAGGAGGAGGACUGACUGAAGCCCAACACACUCUGGACACACUGACUCAGGCUGCAGCCAGUGAAGCAGAGAGCCUGCAGCAGAGUCUGGAUCAGCUCAGAACCAGCAGGAAGCUAUUGCCUCUGAAGGCUCUGACGGAGAAGCUGAAGAGGGGCGGCACUAGGACUAGUCCACCUUCAGCUGGGCCAACGGGUCAGGUCCACAUGGUUCUGAAGGACCUGCAGAGUCUGAACAGCAGAAUCACCUCAAAGCUGCAGCAGCUGGAACCGCUGGUCACAUUCCUGAAGAUCACACAGCAGGUGGAGGAGGAGAUGGAGGAGCAGCAGGAGGAGGAAGAGGAGGUGAGGUUGGCCAGCAGGUCAUCAGAGAAGAAAAACAAAGUCGCCGUCUGCUGGGAGGAGAGGUUGCAGAGGCUCAUCAUCACUGCUCAGGAGCUGGGAAACGGCUGUAUCCAUGCUGUCACCAUGGUAACCACCCUGCCGCCUCUGUAAUGAUGACACCAGGUGACAUCAGGUGACAUCAUGACAUCAAGUGACUCUGUUGGGAUGAUGCUGGAUGAGAUAAAAUGAUUUUAUCGCAGCUGAUGAUAUUUUUAGUGUUAGAAAGUUUUGACAUGAUUUUACAUCGUUUUGAUUAAAUAAUGCAAAUUUACAAGCUUGUUCGACAGAAAUGAGAUGAGAUCAAACGAUAUGAUGUCAAAUGACAUGACGAGAUGAAUGAGAUGAAACGAGAUGUUCUGGAUGGGAUAAACUGAGAUGAAUGACAUGAAACGAGAUGUUCUAAAUGAGAUAAACUGAGAUGAAUGACAUUAAAUGAGAUGUUCUGAAUGAGAUAAACUGAGAUAAAUGACAUGAAAUGAGAUGUUCUGAAUGAGAUAAACUGAGAUAAAUGACAUUAAAUGAGAUGUUCUGAAUGAGAUAAACUGAGAUAAAUGACAUGAAAUGAGAUGUUCUGAAUGAGAUGAACUGAGAUGAAUGACAUUAAACGAGAUGUUCUAGAUGAGAUAAACUGAGAUGAUUGACAUGAAACGAGAUGUUCUGGAUGGGAUAAACUGAGAUGAAUGACAUUAAACGAGAUGUUCUGGAUGGGAUAAACUAAGAUGAAUGACAUGAAAUGAGAUGUUCUAGAUGGAUAAACUGAGAUGAAUGACAUUAAACGAGAUGUUCUGAAUGAGAUGAACUGAGAUGAAUGAUAUUAAACGAGAUGUUCUGAAUGAGAUGAACUGAGAUGAAUGACAUUAAACGAGAUGUUCUAGAUGGAUAAACUGAGAUGAAUGACAUUAAACGAGAUGUUCUGAAUGAGAUGAACUGAGAUGAAUGACAUUAAACGAGAUGUUCUAGAUGGAUAAACUGAGAUGAAUGACAUUAAACGAGAUGUUCUGAAUGAGAUGAACUGAGAUGAAUGACAUUAAACGAGAUGUUCUAGAUGGAUAAACUGAGAUGAAUGACAUGAAACGAAAUGUUCUAGCAGUGUUUUCCGAGAGCGACCGCGGCCCGAGGAAUCGCGGAUUACCGCUCAUCUGUCCGCAGGUUGCUGCCGAAGUCUAAUCACUUGGUCCUUGUGUCAUUUCUGACCGACCCUGAAAACUUAAUUCAAAUCCCUGAGUCUGUUUUGAGUGAUGUUGGUAACAAGGAAAUGAUUCACACACGCUGACCGUCACAUAACUCCGCCGUGGCUCUCAGCGGCGAGACCGACACGCCCCGUCUGCCCCAGUUGUCCAACCACUCCAAGACUAUAUCGCUGCAGUCUCAACCACGGAGCGCGUUGUUCGGGGUCGCGUCCCGCUCAGGCGGUGGUCGACCCUCCGGACAACACGGACAUUUCUCUCCACUCUUUGGUGGAAUAAUUAAUCUAAUUUACCUUCAUUCUUUCAGUGCUCUAACGGAUCUGGAUGCAACAGUUUCCAUCAUAGUGAUUUGUCUGGUCUGUUGUCCGCUCAUUUCAGCCGUUCUAAUAUGUUUCGUGAUUCUUUUUUUUUUAAAUUGUGUAUCAAUUGAUGAUUUUCUUUUUCUUUUUUGUAUUCCACCACAAUAUUGCACGGUUGUAAAACAGUUUAGCUCCGCUUUGGUGAAGAACAUCAUUGAAUUAAUUGUUUAUCUUCAGCAGUAAUUUUUGUUGGUAAAUCAGAGACAUUAGUAUCUCACACGUCUGCAUCUUCAAACCAUAAACAGGAAGUGAAUUCGGUGACAUACGUGCAUUAGGUUUUCGCGGGGAGCUGCUAUGAUUGGUGGAACUCACGGGAGGUGGGCCAAAAUUGCGGGAAAGUUGUGGUGAUUUGACAAAAUUGCAAGGCCGCGCAAAAUUCGCGGAGAUUGGUUGAUUUCGCACGAUCGCAACAUUUCUGUAGGGAAUUGUUUGAUUCAUGAAUGAGAAUGUCCUCAGAGAGGAAGCAGGAGAUUGGCAAGGGCCAGCAGACCAUGUUGGGCUUCCUAAAAAAACAAACAGGUGUUCACCACUUUUUUUGCUUGCAAACUAUGAUUUGACAUUACUAACAUUUACUGGAACAAAUCCCAUGAAUGUAAACAUUUCAUAGAUUUGUUCAUUACCUUUUAUGAAUGAAUGAAAUGACAGAAUACAGGAGAAAUGCUGCCCUUUUUUUUUUCAUGUCUGGACUUGGAAAAUAUUCUGGGUGCUACCCAUAUAGAUCUAAUUUAGCCUUUUUCAUUAAUGCUCUAAAUGAUUGUAAAUAUUUUGUAAGAUGAGUGAAAUGAUAAAAUACAGGAGAAGUCCUGGCCAAUUUUUUUUUCACAUCUGGACUUAGUAAAAUAUUCUGGGCAUUUUGACUUUUUAAUUUAUGUUCUGAUCUGCUGUAUAAUAAUCAAUAAUCAAUCAGAGCUAGCAGUCACUCAGCCAGCAGCAGUCUGAGUGAAUAAACAAAACAUGAUUUACUUACCAUAUAUUGAUGUUAGUUUGUUUCAUUCCCAGAGCUGCCUGGAGUGCCUAGGUUCCCAUAAGUCUAUGAUCCCGUAGUUAAGGUCUCACACAGUCAUUAAAUUAGGUUAAUUAAUAUUUUCCCAAAACCAAACAUACAGAAAGACGCACAACAUCUAUGCUAAACAUGCAGUUAUGUUACAGCAGACUACAGAGGUUUACUAAGAGACCAGACACACAUACUACUGUUGAAAGUGCAGUUUGCAUGAAAAUUGUGUACUUAAAACUCACAUUUUGAUGAAAUGUACUUAAAGCUCGUGUCCGGAGUUUGAAUCGCAGCGUCUCCCAAAACACUGUUGGUCCCUCCCUCUGAUUUCGUCCCUUUAUUUGUGCACGCGCGCAGUACAUGAGAGAAGUGCCCGGAGUGCUGCAGCAUCUCGCCUGUUUUGCUGUUUUCCACUCUUCUACAUUUAGUACAUUUAGUAAAUAAUAAAGGAAUUACGUUAGAAUGCUGUAUUGAGUCUAACUUGUCCUAAUACCAAAAUAACAUGAAUCUGCUAGGACGAACGAGUAAAGUUUCAAUAUGUGAUUACACUCGUGUAUCCCUCUGGAUGACGUUGUUUAUCAAACUUAGUGCAUUUACGCGUGUAUAUGUGUUACAUUGUUUAUUUAUUUCUAUCUAGAGUUCAGAAUUGCAUGACUCCUCUGACGAAGAGUAUGUCCCAGACGCCCCAACAUCUUCCUCCAGAGGUCGGGCAUCUAAACGAAGCCGUCAG